AUGAGCGAAAGCGUAAAACUUCACCACCAGCUUGACCUCUUAUCGGAACAAACUCGAGAGUUAUAUUGUGGAGGUAGUGAAUUGGAGGAAGCUGAAAUAGAGGAGUUAAAUGGUUUUCCUUGCUACGACGAUGAAGAUGAAAUUUUAAAUUUUAUUCAGCACUACGUGUCUUUCAAUAAGCCUGUCGUGUUUCGGAAUGCUGUUUGUGAUUGGCCAGCAUUUGAUAAGUGGAAUGUGAAUUAUUUCAAGCAAGUUAUUGGAGAACGAGAAAUUUCGGUAGCAUGUACCCCAAAUGGAAAAGCAGAUGCAGUUCAUGAUGGCAAGUUUAUUAAACCAAUGGAGUUGAAAAUGAGUUUUUCUCAAUUCAUUAGACUUUUGCAAAAUAAGAGAAGAUUAUUGAAAGAGGAUAUUUCGCCAGAAGAGGCUAAGGAAGAGGAUGUAAAUGGAAUGAAUUCAAUGAAUACAAUAUUUUAUGCUCAACAUCAAAAUUCUAGUUUGACAAAGGAAUACCCUUUUCUAAUGGAAGAUGUUCCUGAAUAUUUGGGAUUUGCAGUUCGUGCGUUCAAUAAUUUACCCGAUGCUGUGAACCUAUGGAUUGGAGAUUCACAAAGCACUAGUUCUCUCCAUAAAGACCCCUACGAAAACAUUUAUUGCGUGAUUGCUGGCAAGAAGAUUUUCACAUUGUAUCCUCCAACGGAUGUCGUCAAUGUUCCUUACAAAAAUUAUCAAGAAGCUCAUUAUAAAUUUGACUUUGAAAAGAAAGAGUGGAAAAUAGAAGAUGAAGCAACGACUGUCCCAUGGAUUGAUAUUGAUCCAGAUAAGGAAUCACGAGAAGAAAUGGAAAAGAAAUAUCCAAGAUACAAGUAUGCUACUCCUCUCAAAGUUGAGAUAGGGCCUGGUGAUGCUCUGUAUUUACCCUCACUCUGGCUGCAUCAGGUGGCCCAAGAACACAACGAAGAAGGAGUUGUGAUUGCUGUCAAUUAUUGGCAUGAUAUGCAAUAUGGCCCUCUUUUCAACUUUAAUCAAUUCUUGUGUAAUUUACACAGAGAAAAUCUCUUGUAA